AUGGAUUGGUUCUCUUGGCUCUCUAAAACCGACCUUGACCCGACCCUAAGCUACGAGUACGGGCUCAUCUUUGCCCAGAAGAAGCUCCGGAGUGAAGACAUCGCUCUUUUCAACCACAAAUUUCUCCGGAGACUUGGCAUUACUGUAGCCAAACACCGUCUAGAGAUUCUCAAGCUUUCAGAGAGAGAAACAAAAGCACUAGGCUGCUAUCACCGUCGUCCAGCUACGGCCAAACUUAUCUCUACCGUCAUAAGGGCGACCAAAAGUUUCGGCAAUCACUUCAACAAGUGGCUCUUCCUCGGAGGAACCGCCGUAGUUGAACCAUUGAAGGAGAAGCAAUCACCGCCGCCACCAGUCUGCCGUGGCGGAGCCUUUGUGAUUGGAAAUAAUAAAGUCAACGCCGAAAACGCUGAGGUAAAAGUGGAGAGGUUACCUGUGAUCAAGAAGAAGAGGAUUGCGAAAUCUGGACCGUUGGAUCUGAAACACGGAAUGCAAGAGAAAAUGACGUUUAAAGGCAACCGGAGCAUGAACCUAUCUGGACCGUUGGAUCGAAGCGUCCAAGAAAGACUCGUAUUAGCUUACAGAAGCCCUGUUGUGUCGGGACAGUUGGAUGGAAACUUAAACGAACGGCUGAGAUUAUCAGGGCCGUUGAAAGGAAGACCACCAAGCCCAAGUGUGUAUGUGGAGUACAAUAAAAGAGACGAUGAUGACACACGUUGGGCUGCUCUGUUUCAAAACUUGAAGCCAACAUAG